CCAUCUUGGCUCAAGGGUGAAAUCUUCUGGUGGACAGAGAGAGCCGGUCCCACGCACGACAUGCCGAGUUUCCGCUUCGUCACGGGGAUGCUGCUGUGUUGGACCAGUGCUGCCGGCCCGUUGAGCAAUCUUCUGUCUGGCAUGUCUGAGAAUGCGUGCAAUGCCACCGGCUCUGGUGACGUGCAUGCCGCAGCUACCAGUUUCUCAGCCUUCUUCCCUGACACUUUGUCCCACGAAGCCAGCCAUUUCCUGCCGACCAUUGCCAGCGAGCAAGUGCACAGCCAUUCUGGCACAGAGACUGCACACAUCGAGGAGCAACUUGAUGCUGGCUCUUUGCUGCUCAACCGCCGUCCGAGGACCUUCGUCAGCUUCUGCAAGAAAUGA